GUCGGAAGUCAAAGGUCGGUAAAUAGUGGUGAUGUCAUGCGGGCAAGAUGGCGGAAGGGGAGGACGUGGGCUGGUGGCGGAGCUGGCUGCAGCAGAGCUACCAAGCAGUCAAAGAGAAGUCCUCCGAAGCCUUGGAGUUUAUGAAGCGGGACCUGACAGAGUUCUCCCAGGUGGUGCAGCAUGACACAGCCUGCACCAUUGCAGCCACAGCCAGUGUGGUCAAAGAGAAGCUGGCUACUGAAGGAUCCUCGGGGGCAACAGAGAAAAUGAAGAAGGGGUUGUCUGACUUCCUGGGGGUGAUCUCAGACACCUUUGCCCCCUCACCGGACAAAACCAUUGAAUGUGAUGUCAUCACCCUGAUGGGCACGCCCUCUGGCACAGCUGAGCCCUAUGAUGGCACCAAGGCUCGCCUCUAUAGCCUGCAGUCAGAUCCAGCAACCUACUGCAAUGAACCAGAUGGGCCCCCGGAAUUGUUUGACGCCUGGCUUUCCCAGUUCUGCUUGGAGGAGAAGAAGGGGGAGAUCUCAGAGCUCCUUGUAGGCAGCCCUUCCAUCCGGGCCCUCUACACCAAGAUGGUCCCAGCAGCUGUUUCUCAUUCAGAAUUCUGGCAUCGGUACUUCUAUAAAGUCCAUCAACUAGAGCAGGAGCAGGCCCGGAGGGAUGCCCUGAAGCAGCGGGCAGAACAGAGCAUCUCUGAAGAGCCUGGCUGGGAGGAGGAAGAAGAGGAGCUUGUGGGCGUUUCACCCACAUCUCCAAAAGAAGCAAAGGUCCCCGUGACCAGAACUUCCACGUCGCCUGAAGGAAGAGCUGAACCCCAGAGCCCCUGUGGAGAGAAUCUAGUGACCCCAGUUGAGACUCCAGCAGAGGUGACUCCAUCAGAGAGCAGUGAAAGCAUCUCCCUCGUGACACAGAUUGCCAACCCUGCCACCUCACCUGAGGCACCUGUGCUGCCCAAGGACCUGUCCCAAAAGCUGCUAGAGGCAUCUUUGGAGGAACAGGGCCUGCCUGUGGAUAUGGGCGAGACUGGACCUCCGCCCCCAGCUCACCCCAAACCCCUAGCCCCUCCUGGCCUCUCCAGUAGCCCAGAACGCAGGCCUCCAGCCAGAGUAGAGACUCUGAGGGAGGAGGCGCCCACAGACUUACGGGUGUUUGAGCUGAACUCAGACAGCGGGAAGUCCACACCCUCCAACAACGGAAAGAAAGGCUCAAGCACGGACAUCAGUGAGGACUGGGAGAAGGACUUUGACUUGGACAUGACCGAAGAAGAAGUGCAGAUGGCACUUUCCAAAGUGGAUGCCUCCGGUGAGCUGGAAGAUGUGGAGUGGGAGGACUGGGAAUGAGGGGAGCCAGAGUGAGCAGCUCUCUCACCCACAGCACCUCUUACCUCUCACGCUUGCCUCAGCCUGGCCCCGGAAGACACUGACUGAGAAUGUCCCCCAAAUGGCCUCUGUCAAACAGAGCUCUGGGCACAGAUUCUAGGUUGCUCCCUGCUGGCUCUUUGGCACCUAGAGGGGACCUCUGCCCACACCUGGGAAGGGGCUCUCUACAUCAAGCCAGGAACUCCGACUUGUGCCAGUCAUAGGGUAACCUAAUGGGGAGGAGGCCUGCCCUUCUCACGGAAGAGCCUACAUUUCUCUGCUGAAUACCCACUGUUCCUGGGAACUCCUGCUGGGAAGUCCCAAGGGAUAGCUCUAGCCCUUCUGCCUGUGUAGACAGAAGCUAACCCACCAGUCUCUUGGAGUAAGCCAAGAUAACACACUCCAUGAGCAGGCAAGGAAGGUCAUGCCACCUGUCCUUGGCUAGAAAUGGACAGAGAGCACAUUUUGGUUCCCAUACCAGUGAGUAAAGGCAUUCAUCUCUGGGAAAUUUUCCUGUUGGGAAUCUCUUCCCUGAUCCAGGCCUUUUGCAUUCCUGGAAAGAUUCCUUGUGGUUCAGAAUCUCAAGACCAAACCCUGAAUUCCCACCUCCUACCUUUCAUGCAGCCCAACCCUGGUAUGUCCCCAGGCCUUUCCCAGGGCUUCUUCGUGUCCAAUGCACCCAAGUCCUUAGCCCAGCUGUGCCACCUGCAAGAGUCUGUUCUUGCAUUUCUUCCUCCCCAAGAAGGGAGGAGGCCACUUCAGGCCUUUCUGUGCAUUUCCUGGUGGGAUAUCUUGUCCAACCAGCUACCCACCUCGAUUCCCCUGUAGCUUAGGACAUAAGCCAGCUACCAGCGGUACAGAGCAGUGAUCAAAGCCGACUACUUACAAAUCUGGUAAGCCAACACUUCCACCUCAACCCUUCUGCUUCUUGAAGGGAUGUACUGAGAGUGAACUUCUUGAGGCUCUCACCAGGCUUCUGCAAACGCUCUUCUUCCUGAAGACAGAGCCAGACUCUGUGGCUCUCACCCUCCACUCUGGUAAAGCUGCCGCUCUUUUGGGGGAACGGGGGCGCUGCAGGACUCCCUGGAGACCCUGGUGCUUCAUGAUGCUGCUCUGGCGAUUCUUGUACAUAACCUGGUGUGUUCAGUGAUUUAAAGGGAUCAUGGUCAGGAUGCCAAGGAGUGGUGGUCACUUCCACUUCUAACAUUCAGUGAGGGGGUGGGAUGGAGAGAAUGCUGAGUCUUUUUUUGAAGGGAUGGGGCUUUUCUCUUUGUAAUUAUUUCUUUAGUUUAAUUAACCUUUUGGUUGUUUGUGCAAUAUUAUAUAUUUUAAAUUAUAAUGCAUCUCCCCAGAGUAUUUUGUAGCUGGGAAAAGAAAAAAGGAGAAAAAAAAAAAAAGAUUCUAACAGCUGUUAGUUUUGUAAUUAUAAAAGAAAGAAAAAAGAACUUUGUCCUGAACCUUUUACAGACUUGCCGUUAACAGCAUUAAAGAGAUUGAACAGAAGCUG